CUUUUCGUAUGCAGAAAAACGUUCAUAAAUCUAAAUUGUGCGGCGUGUUUGUUCUUUGAAAGAAUAAACAUGUCUUCAGCUCCCUCGACACCUUCUCCAAAGAAUUCUCCGAAAAGGAUUUCACGGUUUUCUUUUCGAAAGAGGCGAGAACACGUCAAUGUGGCCGAAAAAAGUGAUGAGCUACAAGAUUUUCCUAAAUACGUAAGUCAAGAAGAAUCCAUAAAUAUUGAUCAAGAAUUAUUUAAUGACUAUAAAUUUAGUGUUGAUCAGUUGAUGGAAUUAGCUGGUCUGAGUGUAGCCACAGCUGUUGCAAAAAGUUAUCCUUUGCAAGACAUGACGAAGAAAGGGACCCUGCUCGUGUGCUGCGGACCCGGUAACAAUGGCGGAGAUGGUUUAGUGUGUGCAAGACAUUUAAAAAUGUUUGGGUACGACCCAACCAUAUAUUAUCCAAAACGAACCAAUAAGCCCCUGUACCAAAAUCUCACCCUUCAGUGCCAAGAAAUGGAUAUUCCUUUCUUAUCUUACCUACCCGAUGCAAAACUAAUCAGCGACUCAUACAACUUGGUUAUCGAUGCUCUCUUUGGCUUUAGUUUCAAACCGCCUGUGCGACCUGAGUUCGAGGAUUGUAUGAACAAACUGAAAAAUUUGACUGUUCCUGUAUGUAGUGUGGAUGUUCCAUCAGGCUGGGAUGUUGAAAAAGGCUCUGAGGAUGGACUGCAGCCUGAAUUCCUGAUCUCUUUAACUGCGCCAAAACUCUGUAGCAAAUAUUUUAAAGGAAAACAUCAUUGGCUUGGUGGACGUUUCGUGCCUUUUUCCUUGAUAUCUAAGUAUGAGCUUAACUUACCGGCUUAUCCGGGUACAGAAUGCUGCGUUCGAUUGCCAAUCAAUCCAACAUCAUGAUGUUUCAGCUCAGUAAUGCUACGCUGUCAUUGAUUUCCCGCAUAUCAUAGUUAAUUUUUCGGCAGCAAAAUGUGGCUAUUGUAUGUUAUUCAAGUGCAUUUUGCCAAACAAGUUGUUCUUUUUUGUUGUGUAUUUCAAUUGCAGCAUUUUUGUACUCAUUGAAAUUUAUGUACUUGAAAAUUUAUUAUGUAAUAUCUUUUUAAACAUUUUGGCUGAUAAAAUGUUUUAUUGAAGUUUCAGUACUCAUUGUGUUCAAGCAUUCUGUUUGUUAAUAUU